CCAAAGUUCUCAUUAUUAUUAUGUAAUCAUCAUCAUCAUUAUUAUUCCAAUCGUAUUACAUAUAGUAUCCAUGUAUAUGAUAUUCUUCAUAUUCUAUAAUUUGAUUAUCAUUCCAAUAAAUCAAUGUAUUGAUUAUGAAAAAAUACAAAAAAAUAUCAAAAAUUUCAAUCAUUAUUAUUAUCCUCCUCAUCAUCAUCCUGAUUAUGUGAUCCAUUCAAAAGAUUCAUGUCAUCAAAUUCUAUUCAAUAAUAAUAAUAAUAAUAAUAAUAAUAAUAUUGAAGAAUUAAUUAAACAAUCCGAUGUAAUUAUAGCGGGACGUUUAACAUAUCAUGAUACAUAUGAGAAAUAUAAACAAAUUCAUUCAUCAUAUUCUAAUCAUAGAAUUACUACUACUACUACCAAUACUACUACUACCGAUACUACUAAUAAUACUACUACUAAUAAUAGUAAUAUCUACUUCAAUAUAACUGUAUUAGUUAAAACUAUUUAUAAAGCUAAUUAUCCAAUUGGGAAUGAAGUUAUUAUUGGUCCAGUAUAUAUAUUAGAUAAUAAUAAUAAAGAUAAUCAUGGAAAUGGUAUAGGAUGUUUACCAGUAUUUUAUUCUAAUGCAAAAUAUAUAUUUUUUCUAAAAAAUAAUAGUAAACUAUUGAAUUAUUAUGAACCUAUUAGUGAAAUCAUAGAAUAUACUGAAUAUAUGGAAAAGAAAAUUUAUGAAUAUUAUUGUCAAAAUUGUGUAAAACCUACAAUUGAAUCUAUUCCUAAUCAAGUGUUAGAAUAUGGUCAAUCAUUAAUAACUAACUGUAUAGCAACUGGUAUACCAACACCAACUAUUAUGUGGAUAAGAGAUGGGAAAUCAAUUAAUCUAGCUGAUAAAGGUUUAACAGUUGAAACAUUUGAACGUUCACCAGGAUAUGUGGAAUCUAUAUUGGAAAUAAACAAUUUAAUUCUAAUUGAUACCGGUGAAUAUUGGUGUUAUGCUGAAAAUGCAUUAGGAUUAGCCAAGGAAAAGUUUAUUUUAAAAGUUCAACAAAAUAAUAGAACAGACGAAAAAUUAAUGGUUGAUGAAUUAAUACCUUGUUCAGAUGAAGAUAAAGAUUACUGUCUCAAUGGUGGUCUAUGUUAUAUGUAUAAAAAUGAAAGAGUAUCAUUUCAAUGCAGGUGUCUCGAUUACUAUUUCGGUGAUCGAUGUCAUUUUCAUACCGAUGGACUAUAUGCUUUUUCUGAAUCUCGUGGAAAUGAUCUACAAUCUAUGUUGCAUGCAUUAACUACAACACUUACAUUACGUGGUGUAUUUUUCACAUUAUUUGGUGCAUUAAUGAGUGUUUUAACAUUUUAUGGAAUAUGGAAAUGUCAACAAAAAAGCAUGCAUCGAAGACACUUAAGAAGACGAAAUAAAUCUUUAUUUAAACAUGAUUCACAAACGAAAACUUCUCAUUUUAUCAAUCAUUCAAAUCAUGAAAAUAGAAUACAUAAUACAGUAAAUGAUAAUAAUACAUCCUCCUCAAUUUCAAUGAAUGAUUAUUAUAAAAAAGAUCAAAAUAUUGAACAUAUUCCUAUACCAGAUAAUUAUUAUGGACAAAUUGGUAAUAGUUAUAUAUUGCCAACUUCAAAUUUAGUAAAUAAUGAAUGUUAUGAGAAUCGUUCAUCAAAUUUUACUCCAUUAGUAACAAAUCAUGUGAAUCCACAACAAUUACAUGAUCAUUCAAGAAACGCAAUUCAGUUCGGUUAUCGACCAUCAUCCUCUUUAGAUCAAUGUAAUGAAUCAGCCCAUAAACCUGAGAAUGGAAUAACUUUACACAAUAGACCUUUCGGGACAGAUUGGUCAACACGAAGGAUUAUAUCACAAAAACCUGGAUCUAUACGAGAUCGACUACCAGUGCUAGCAGAAGGAUCAAAUUUAGAUUUGAAUAUUGAUAGAUAUCCAAAUUACAAAGAUCCUAUCGACAGAAUGAAUAGAUUUGAUCAAGACAGAGAGAUAUCAUUAAACAUGAUUUCAUCUUCUUCCUCAUUUAUACAAACUAAUACUUGA